AUGGUUCUAAUCAAUGAGUACUACAAUCCAUUUCUCAUUGGAGCUGCGACUUUUGACGCGCCUAUGGAAACCAUAGAACCUCUUCCUCCGCACCCCAUGGAUGGGGCUGUUGUUAACAGUAAUAGUAGUGUUGAUCCACUAAUAUGGGACCCUCGUGUGGCGGCUAAGGCAGUGUCUGUGGGGCGGUGGUGUUCGGGGGAUCAAGUCGAGGAAGAAGUGUCUGCAGAUGAUAGGACAAUUUUCUUGACAUUUUCUAAGGGGUAUCCCAUUUCUGAAAAGGAAGUGAGAGAGUUCUUUACCAGGAAAUAUGGGGAAUUUUUUGAUGCUAUCCAUAUGCAAGAAGUACAAGUAGUGGAUCAGCAGCCUUUAUAUGCCCGCCUUGUGGUUCGUUCCGCUUCUUUUAUUCCAGUGGUGCUCGAGGGACAAAGCAAGGCCAAAUUUUCUAUCAAUGGAAAACAUGUUUGGGCAAGAAAGUACGUGAAAAAGAAUAUUGUGAUAGGAGAACAAAGUUCACCAAAGGUGUUUUAG